UUUACCAGCAGGAGUAAUGAAACGGGGAGAGGGGCUUUUUCCGCAGCUUAAUGCUGAGACCUUAUGCUGAGACCGCAGGAUACCAGCACACAGAGAGGACAGACAGACACAAACUUUCGGACAGAGGACCGAAACGUCAUUUAUCUGCUUUGCAGUCUUUAAUUCAGUUGUGUCUGUCCAGCAGCCAAACGAUACUUUGUCGCAGUUCGUUGGAAGUGAUUUGCUGGGCAACGGUAAAGAAGAACACAUUUUGCGGAUUUUACGCCUUUACCUGUGUUUUCCCCCUAAACUUCACUUCGGAUAGGGAGCACAGAGUUAAAUCCUAUUUGCUCCAUAAAGAGACGUAGCCAGAGGGGCUUCAGCUGCCCUGCACCACUGGAGCCUUCAAUAAUGUCGGGGCCAAUACACCACAACCAGCCCCUUCGCUUCUGACCCAACAUGGAGCUCAAGGUCUGGGUGGAUGGAGUCCAGAGGGUCGUCUGCGGGGUCACGGAGGCCACCACCUGCCAAGAGGUGGUGAUCGCUCUGGCACAGGCCAUAGGUCGCACGGGGAGAUACACUCUAGUAGAAAAAUGGCGGGACAGCGAGCGUCACCUGGCCCCUCAUGAAAGCCCUGUAGCUUCUCUGAACACCUGGGGUCAGUAUGCUGGGGACGUCCAGCUCAUCCUGCAUCGCACUGGCCCCUCCCUGACUGAACGUCCCCCCUCAGAAGGACCCCCUCUAAGAGGUCCUGAACGCGGGCUGCAUCGGCAGAGCCUCCCUCCCCUUGCAAAGCUUCGCCAUCCUAACGAUCGCUCCCUCCGCCGUCGAGAACCGCGCCGCAAGUCUCUGACGUUCACCGGGGCCCCCAGAGGCCUCAGGGAGAUACUGAGUGGAGGCCGAAUGGGCGAGGCGGAGGCUAAACGCAGACUCUUCAUGGGUAACGGUGGGAAUCACAACCACGCAGGACCGGCCAUGGGGACCGCCUCCCCCGGCAGGUGGGCCUGUCGCAUGGAGGACCUGGUCAGACUGGUGGGCAUACAGAGGGAGACGCUCAACGUUCUGGUGAACAAGCUGGGAGCCUAUGAGGCGGAGCUCCAGGUGUGGGCUGAAGGGCGAGGGGGCCGCGGCGGAGGGUCCAUCGGGGACCCAGAUGGAGGAGGCGGGCUGAUAAAGGAGAUCCUGAGGCUGGAGAAGCAUCUGCGGAAGAACGACGUGGAGAUGGAGGAGGAGGAGUUUUGGGCCACUGAGCUGCAAAUUGAGCUGGAGAGUGAGAGGCAGCUGGAGGAGAGACUGCAGGAGCUGAUGGGACGCAUGCAGGGCUGUGAAGUGGAGAUUGAAGAAAGGCUGGCAAUGGUACAGAGUGUGGAUGCAGGCCUGGAGGAGGAGCGGCUGCAGAGGGAGCGGCAGGAGACCCAGUGGGUCAGUGAGGCAGAGGCUCGGGCGCAGAUGCUCAGGGUCAAAUCAGAAAUGAAAGCCCAGGAGAGACAGGCCGUCCAGCUGGAGAGCAGCUGCAGAGCUGUGGACCGCUCACUUGGACAAAGCAGCAAGAAGCUGCAGGGCAUGCAGCAGGAGCUGGAACAGCUGACCAAGGAGCUGAGGCAGGUUAACCUGCAGCAGUUCAUCAAGCAGACCGGCACCAAGGUCACAGUGCUGCCGGCCGAAGCCUCCGAGGAGGACAGUCCUCACAGCACGCAUGGCAUAGAUUUAGUUCCCCUGUCUGGCUCCCUGAAGCGCCCCGUUUCGCAUGCGAUGUCUAGUCACCUCCGGGUCCUCCACAGCCCCAUGACUUCAGGCCUGAACCCAGAGGGGAUCUAUGUGUGAACCGUCUCCCACCCUGAGCCCAGAACACGCGUCUGUAAGUGGAUAUCAUUGUACAGGAUACCUCGGUGGAACUCUACUAUGCACUGUCUCGAAUACAGGAGGCACCCUGGAGUGUGAAGACUCACAGAGUGAAGGAACAAAGAUGAUUUUGACAAGGAAGUCAUAGAGCACUUAGUGGGAAUGAAAGAUGUCAUGGUGCUCAGUUUCUGAACUUACGAGGACUUCAAAAUCAAUAUCCGGCUGUUGUGGACGUCCUUUAUAAACAUAUCCACUUAACGUACUUUUACUCUCACUUUAUUACCUGCUGAAUGAUUUGUAUUGUUUUCUCACUUGCAUCAUGAUUCUAAACGAUUGCCUUUUGAACAGUAUUCUUGACAACCUUGGUAUGUGAAUUUAUGAAUUAUACCUCUAAAGUUAUAUGUAUUUUCUGCAGUGAAAACGGCAUAAUGAAUUGUUCUUAUAUAAGAAAUGAAGGAUCCACUUGUGUCAAUAUUAAACCAGUCUAGAAUAUAUCGUUUUGCAUUUCAGAAUGUAUUCCUGUAGCUCUGAUUGUCUGUUCAUGUUAAAACUAUGCACAACUGGUCAAUAGUUUUGUUACCGAAGAAUGUUACUGUCCGUAUGUACCAACAUGUUGGCUAACUGUAAAUAUGUUUUCUUACUUUUCAGCUUUAUUUAGAGAAUUAUUAUAUUUAUUACAGAGGUUACAGAAUAUACAGUGCCCUCAUUCCCGCUACAAUGUCUGCAUAAUGAAACAGUGUUAAUUACCCUCUUAAGCUUUUAUUUGUUGUUUAGAUGACUACAUGGUAUGUUUUUGCCAAAUGUAUUAUGCUUCUUUUUUUUCUGUGUAAGGAUUGGUGGCCAAAGAUUAGCAAGUCUUGUUGCAUGAUUGUCGUACUAUAACCAUACCUGGAUGUGCAGAGCACCCGCAGUACAGUAAAUCAGUUAGUUGACUCUAAAAAUGGUGGCAUGCUAUAAUACAAUGGAUAGCUACAGUGUGUAUGAGAGUGUGAUUGAGUCAGCGAUUAAAGAGAUUUGUGUGUGUGCAGAGUCGGGAAUGUCAAGGUAUGAAGCCCCUCUUAGGUUGUAGUGCAGCUGCUAAUCACAUCAAAGUGCCUUAUUCAUUCCACAGUUGGUGUAUUCAUAUGAUGACAGCAAAGCUUUAGUAGAAAACAUUGAAGCAAUGAUCUAGUCAGUUUAGAUCUGAUGUUGCUAGAUGUAUUAGUGGCACAUUGCUGCACAGAGAGAAAUGGCAAUAGCACAGCAUCAACGAGAAAACUGUAAUCAUGUUUUUGUCAGUAUUUUAUAAAAAAAUGGAGAAAAUGUUACUGAUAGCGUGUCUCAUUCUGACAAUGUAUUAUUGACACCAUCAUACUAUGUGAUGUAAAAUGCAUUUACAUUAUCUGAUUUAUUUUGUCAUCAUGCAACACAUACUGUUUACUGUAAUUACCAGAAUAAGAGAUGUAUUGGUCCUGAGAGAGAUGUAUUAGAGUUAGAGAACAUCAGUACCAUCAUUACAUGUCACUUGUUAGACGCUUUUAUCCAAAGCGACUUACAUACUCAAUACUGUGGACAAUCCCCACAGGAGCAAUUUGGGGUGAAGUGUCUUUCCCAGGGACACAAGAACAUGCUGACUGCAGUGGGGUUCCACUGAUCCGAACACCAACGCACUAUCCACUGUGCCACAGCCUCCUGGGUUCCACCACCCAGGAAUAACUAUGUAAAACAGAAGCAAAGUCCACCCUUUAACAUUUAGCAUCUACAAAAACCCUCAUCAGGACAUACCGUUUUAAAUUCUUAGGUUUGAGAUCAUCUCUAUAUCGGGGCAGAAUUUCCCUUUAAGAAAUCACUUGUGUGCAUUUUCCACCUGUGGAUGAGAUGUAGUUUUGGUCACUGUUUACAACCAUAAUGUUCUAUAGAACUGUACGAUGUCAACAUAACCUGUUUUUAUUUUUGUCCUGCCUUAAUAUACUGCAAGUGUUGACAGAUGUAUGGCUGCAACUGGCUGCUGAUAUGACAUGGAUUGCAUGAUUCAAUAAACCAUCUGACAAAAUGAAAA